AUGGCCAAUGAAGAAUUUCUCGGACUUUACACUGGAUUUCAAGCUCCCAAUGUCACCUUAAACUCAAGCUCAUUCCGUGGACAACGUAAUAUCAAAUCUUUUAGGUACCAAGACCUGUCUGAAACUGAUGUUCCGACUAGAAUUGACUGGAGGGAACAAGGUGCUGUUACCCCCGUCAAGGAACAAGGACAAUGCCGUUCUUGUUGGGCAUUUUCAGCAGUGGCAGCUAUUGAGGGCAUUACCAAAAUCAAUAGUAACCAAUUGAUUUCACUGUCCGAGCAACAACUUGUGGACUGUAACAGAGAUCAAAUUAACAAGGGCUGCGGUGGUGGUAAUAUGGAAGAUGCCUUUAAAUACAUAAAUGACAACGGAGGAAUCACUAGUGAAGAAAACUACCAAUACAAGGGUGCAGAAGAGACAUGUGACACUACUAAGACGACUGAAUAUGCUGCCAAGAUAAACGGUUAUGAAAUGGUUCCUCCCAAUAGCGAAAAUGAUCUACUGAAGGCCGUGGCCAAGCAACCAGUCUCAGUUGCCAUUGAUGCCGAUGGAGAUGAAUUUAGGGCAUACGCAAGUGGGGUAUUUUCUGGUAAUUGCGGGACAAACCUAACCCAUGCUGUUACAAUCGUUGGGUUCGGAACGACUGAAGAAGGCACCAACUAUUGGUUAGUGAAGAAUUCAUGGGGCGAAACCUGGGGUGAAAAGGGCUACGUGAGAAUUCUUCGAAAUGCUGGUCCUCCAGGAGGUUUGUGUGGCAUUGCUAUGUACCCUUCUUAUCCAACUGCAUCAGCUAUGGCACCCGCUCCCUCACCACUGUAG